AGCUUCAAGUGGUCUAGCAUCAAUUGAAAGAAAGGCAAUGCUCAAUGCUAGUGAAAUAGCGAAGAUCAAGCCGAGGGGAUACAUUUUACAGAUACCUGAGCAUCCUGUUCCUGAACUGCCUGAACUCCCUAGGCCUGAAUUGCCUCAGCUUCCACCACUUCCCCAUGCGGAGUUGCCACCAUUUCCAGAGAUACCUGAGCAUCCUGUUCCUGAGUUGAAUGAACUCCCUAUACCUGAAUUGCAUCAGCUUCCACCACUUCCCCAGGUGGAGUUGCCACAAUUUCCAGAGAUACCUGAGCAUCCUAUUCCUGAACUGCCUGAACUCCCUAGGCCUGAAUUGCAUGAGCUUCCACCACUUCCCCAUGCGGAGUUGCCACCAUUUCCAGAGAUACCUGAGCAUCCUGUUCUUGAAUUGCCGAACCCCACAUUGCCUACAUUUCCCACCAUUCCAGAAGACAUCCCCAACCCCAAACAGAACCCAUCCCAUUCUACCUCCAGCCCUUAAAUUAGUAUACAGUAUAUUGCUUCUUUAGUGGAUUUCAAGUUGAACCACGAAGAGCUUUACCUUUGGAAGUACUACAUUUAUGUUUAUAUACAUUGUGUGAACCGAAAAACUAUGAGUUUUUGAUGAUUCACAUUAUAAUUUGUAUUGAUUGUCAUACGUUUCUGCCAUGAGAGUGGUUCUAUUGUCGUUUAACCAGUUGUAUUGUACUUGAUAUUUUAUCUAUAUAUGUAUUUUGUAUUAAGUAUGAUGAAAGCAUGAUCAAAGAACAAGGAAUGCGAGCACAAUCAAAAGGAACAUGAAAGUAAUAAAAUUUCCUAGUUUCU